AUGGAAAUUUGUGAAGCUCUUCCAACUGAUUUGGAUGAAAUUUACUCUAUCGAAAAAACGUGUUUUCCACCUCUUGAAGCCGCAACGCGUGAGAGUCUUAACUCGAGAAUAAACACUUUUAAAAACUCUUUUUAUGUUGGAAAAAUUAAUGGUAAAAUAGUUGGGUUUAUAAAUGGCGCAGUGACUGACCGAACAACAAUUUGCGACGAAAUGUUCGACGACACAACAAUGCACAUAAAAGAUGGGAAAUAUCAAUCAAUAUUCGGUCUCGACGUUUUACCUGAAUUUCAGCACAGAGGGUUGGCACAGCAGCUGAUGAGACACUUCAUUAAGAACGCCAAAGAAAAUGGAAGACUCGGUCUCAUUUUAACGUGCAAAGACAAACUUAUAGGAUUUUAUGAACAGUUCGGGUAUAAGUCAACUGGCGUUUCAAAGUCAACACAUGGUAAUGUUGUUUGGUAUGACAUGAUACUCCAGUUUUAA